AUGUCUGCACCCCUGUUCUGCGAGCACGAUGUUCUGCGUACGCAGGCGUUUGCAGCAGGAGCACUGAAGACUUCCUUGACUGAUGGGUUCAUUCAGGACAUCUCGGAGGACUGGCUGACGAAAUUUGGGUAUCUGCCUCCUCCGGAUCCUGUCACAGGACAACUGCAGACGCAGGAGGAGCUCACCAAGGCCAUCACUGCCAUGCAGCGGUUCGGGGGGCUCGAGGCGACGGGUGUCCUAGAUGAAGCCACGCUGGAGCUGAUGAAGACCCCUCGCUGCUCUCUGCCCGACCUCGCUGCCGCGGAGGCCAGGAGGAAGCGAUUCACGCAGGCUGUCACCAAGUGGAGCAAAAGGAACUUGUCUUGGCGAGUUCGCACCUUCCCGAAAGAGUCCCACCUGGGCCACGACACAGUCCGAGCCCUGAUGUACUACGCCCUGAAGGUCUGGAGCGACAUUACCCCGCUGAAUUUCCACGAAGUGGCAGGUAACAACGCCGACAUCCAGAUAGACUUCUCCAAGGCAGAUCACAACGAUGGCUAUCCCUUUGAUGGACCUGGUGGGACAGUGGCACAUGCUUUCUUCCCUGGAGACCAUCACACGGCAGGAGACACCCAUUUUGACGACGAUGAGUAUUGGACCUUCCGAUCAUCAGACGCUCAUGGGAUGGACCUAUUUGCUGUAGCCGUCCAUGAGUUUGGCCACGCCAUUGGCUUGACCCACAUCUCUGCCAUAGAGUCUAUCAUGAGACCCUACUACCAAGGUCCAGUGGGGGAUCCUCUGAAGUAUGACCUACCUUACGAGGACAAAGUCCGAAUCUGGCAACUCUACGGAGUCAGGGAAUCUGUGUCCCCCACAGCCAAACCUGAAGUAAGCAAAACUGAUGACCAUCCUAUCCUGCCAGAGCUGCCAGAGAACCGCUCCACUGUCCCGCUCAGGCGGGACAUGCCCAACAGAUGCAACACUCACUUUGAUGCGGUGGCCCAGAUCCGGGGAGAGGCUUUCUUCUUCAAAGGCAAGUACUUCUGGAGACUGACUCGCAAUAAGCACUUGGUCUCCCUCCAGCCGGCUCAGAUCCACCGUUUCUGGCGGGGCUUGCCACUCAACCUGGACAGCCUGGAUGCGGUCUACGAGAGAACCAGCGACCACAAGAUCGUCUUCUUCAAAGGAGACAGGUACUGGGUCUUCAAAGACAAUAACGUGGAGGAAGGAUACCCACGGCCGAUCUCGGACUUCGGUCUGCCACCGGGAGGAAUCGACGCCGCUUUCUCCUGGGCCCACAAUGACAAGACUUAUUUCUUUAAGGACAAUCUCUACUGGCGCUACGAUGACCACGAGCGGAGGAUGGAUCCUGGGUACCCUUCAGAGACCACCCUGUGGAAGGGAAUACCGAGCCCUUUAGAUGAUGCCAUGAGGUGGUCAGAUGGUGCAAGUUACUUCUUCAGGGGCAAGGAGUACUGGAAAGUGCUGGACAGUGACCUGGAGGCCCAGCCUGGUUAUCCCCAGUCCAUUGCUAGAGACUGGCUGGUGUGCAGCGACAUGCAGUCCGACUCCCCAGAAGCAGCCGGGAGCAGCAGGACUGGGGCACGCUCCAAACCAGGGCAGCACGACGAAAGCCGCUCAGAAAACGGCUACGAGGUCUGCUCCUGCACCUCGGCCUCCCCAUCCCUCCAGGCUUGCCGUGUGCUCAGACUGUCAGCCAGCCUCGUGCUGACGAGCGUGUGGACAGCAGCACUGAUGUGUGCAGCCCUAUGACACCUCAUCCCACCGACGAGACAACGCCAUGGUGCUCCAGGGAGGGGAGGUGGAUACGAUCCCGUGAUGCUAACUGUUGCAAGCAGACAAACA